AUGGCGUCCUCGGACGCGGCCUCUCUUAAAGAGGCCGCCACCGCGCUGUAUCGUCGCGGAGAGUGGGCCGCCGCCGCGGACGCGUACGACGACGCGAGGCGCGCGGAGAGCUCGUCGACUUCGCCGGACGCGUCCACGCUGGCGAUCCUCCACGCGAACAAAUCCGCCGCGCUGCUCGCGCACGGAGGCCGCGACCGAGAAGCGUGCGCGGAGGCCAUCAUGGCGGUGAUGCUCGACGAAUCGUACGCGCGCGCGCGGCAGCGCGUCGGCAGCGCGUGCGUCCGCCUCGGGAUCCCCGCGGUGAUCGACGUCGUCCCGUCCGCGCGCGCGUCCUUGGACUCAGCGUACGCGUUCCAUCGUCAACUCCGCGAGCGAUUCGACGGGACGGACGCGAAGCUCCUCGCGGCGCUGCGACGCGCGGACGCGGCGAGGGCGGAAGGGAACGACGCGUUCGGUCGCGGCGAGCUCGAUGACGCGGCGGCGGCGUACACGAGAGCGCUCGACGCGCCGUGUCCUUACGGCGGCGGUACACGUAGCGGCGGCUCGACGUCGCUCGUCGUCGGCGGCGGCGUCCUCUUGUGCAAUCGCGCCGCCGCGCGCGCGGCGCUGGGCGAUCAUCGAGGCGCGUUCGACGACGCGACCGCGGCGCUGCGCGCGGACGACAACUACGUCAAGGCGCGGCGACGCGCGUGCGACGCGCUGAUCGCGUUGGGAAGAGGCGACGACGCGAUGAGGGAGUUGAGACGGCUGCGCGCGGACGUCGGCGGCGGCGGCGGCGGCGCGGAGGAGCAGGAACGUCUGCGCGCGAUGGGAGAGAGGGCGGCGGCGGCGGCGCGGGCGGAGCGCGCGAGCGCGGACGAGGAGCUGAUACGACGGUCGGAGAAGUGCGCGGGGGGGACGCUGCCGCCGGAGUACGAGAAGUGGGCGGAGGAGAAGAAGAAGGCCGCGGGAGGCGGCGGGAGGAAACGGCGGCAAGACGACGACGGCUCCGAGAGCGACUCGUCCUCCUCCUCCUCCUCCUCCUCCUCCUCGAGCGGUCGAUCGCGCGAGAAGAAGCGGAAGAAAGAGAAGAAGACGAAGAAGAAGACGAAGAAAAAGAGAGAGAAGUCUUCCAAGUCCUCUAAGAAGAAGCGAAAGCGAUAG